AUGUCACAGGAAGAUACCAUCAAAUUAUACUGGUUACCUUAUUCAAGAGCUCAAAGAAUAGUUUGGUUAUUAGAAGAAUUAAAUCUAAAUUAUGAAUUAAUUAAACAUAAAAGAGUUCAAAAAGUAAGAGCUCCAAAAAAAUUUGAAAAUUAUCAUCCUUUAGGUAAAACACCGAUUCUUGAAAUUAUAAAACCAGAUGGUGAAAAAAUAACAUUAGCUGAAUCGGGUUGGAUAACUCAAUAUUUAAUUGAAAAUUAUGAUAAAGAUGGAAAAUUAAAACCAAAUAAUGUUAAUGACAAUAAUAAAAUUAAUUAUUUCAUUCAUUAUUCUGAAGGAACAAUCCAACCUAUGCUUGUUGGAUUAUUAGUAAAUCAUAUUGCUGAAUCAAGUGUACCAUUCCCGGUAAAUUAUUUAGUUAAAAAAAUAACCUCAGCUAUAAAUAAUGGGUAUUAUGGUUCAGAACUAACCAAGAAUUUAAAAUAUUUGAACGAUAUUAUAGUUGAACAAAAGAAGAAAGGAUCAGAUUUUAUUGUUGGAGAUAAAUUAUCGGGUGCUGAUAUUAUGUUAUCUUUCCCAUUUCAAGCUACUUUUACCAGAGAUGAUAUGAAAAACGAAUCAUCUUUCAAAAAAGAUUUUCCUGAUGUAUUUGAUUAUUAUUUAAAUUUAACUAAGCUUGAAGGUUGGAAAAAAGCAGCUGCAAGAGUCAAAGAUUAUGAAAAUGUUAUAAUCGAUGGAAAGUUGUAA